CCCGCGGUCGCGGCGACCGCGCGCACGACCGCGGCGAGCGACGGGAGGCGUCGAGAAGAGCGCGAACGCGCGUGACCCGACGUCGCGCGAGACGCGAGCGCGACGCGCGGGGACGGGAAACGCGCGAACUCGCGCGAGGCGUUCGAAUCGAGGACUCAACACCCUUCGGCGAGCGCGGCGUCGAUCGCGCGUGGCGACGGAGGGUGCGCGAAGGAUAGGGCGCGCGGCGCGAGGAUAGGCGCGGGAAAGGAUGCUCGGGAUGAUACCGAGCGCGCGAGCGAGCGCGACGGAGCGCGUGGCGUUGCUGGGGACGUCGACGAGCGCGGCGGCGAGCGAGGAUCGCGCGCUCGAGGACGAGCCGACGACGAGUCCGGGGCGUCGAACGCGGAGAGAUGGGUUGGUGAGCGUGCGUGGGAUCGUGAGUUUAGUUUCAUUCGUCGCUGUUGUCGUAGCGGUGGCGUUUGGGUACGUGCGAGAGGGUGAGAGACACGCGCGUGCGAGGCGAUUCGCCUCGCUCGGGGCGACCGGGUAUCCCGGCGACGGGUAUCCCGGCGAUGGGUAUCCCACGAAUGAGUACCCGACGGAUGGCAAGGUGCAUCACUUGAAGGUGAAACCCGUGGGGCACGCGAUUUGGCUCGGCUCAGAGCUGCCGAACGUGAAGCGCGCGUUCUUGAACCAGAACAAGAAGAUUCUUCACAAGGUGGGAUGGAAGAUCAAGCUUUGGCGGAGCGCGGACAUUACGCCUGAAAACUUUCCGUACACCUAUCACACCAUCAAGCGUGCGUUAAAGUACAACUUAAAGCAUCAUGAAAACGUGUUUUCGAUGAUUGGGGAUUUGAUGAAGUUUGAGAUCAUGUAUCACCACGGUGGGCUGUACAUGGAUACAAACAUCGAGCUCUUGAGAGACCCGACGGAUUUGUUCUCCGUCACGGCGACGCUCGGUAAGGAGGUUUUCUUAGUGGCGGAUCCCGGGGGAGACAAACGAUUCGCAUCAGCUGGUUUCAUGGGGGCGCUGGAGAAGCAUUCCGCACUGUUUGCGUCGCUGAUCACCAAUAAGGAAUAUCUCGACGCCAUUCCGUUCGACGAGCACUGCAUCGCGAACGCCUGGACGGGGCCGAUGUACUUGACGCUCAAGGUGUUACAUUUCGAUAACGCUGUCAUUUUAGAUCGCGAUACUGCGUAUCCAUUGCUGUGCGGCCAAGAUGGGCGAGACAUGUGCUUAGAGCAGGUUGAUCACGAAGCUUUAGUGGGCGAACGCGUGUCAAAGAAGGGCUCCAAGCUCGUCGUAGAUAAAAACGACCCGGAGAAGAUUUGGCGCAUCAAAGUUCCUUGCAAGGAGAUUCGUAAGCUCUACCCCGAUGCGACUGCGCUGGAUCAUUUCAGUCUCGGCAAGUCGUGGACGGGAUGCGAUCCCGAGGUGAAAACGCAGCGUUUAGUAGACUGGACGCUCAACUACGUGCACGAUCCUUCGUCUUUCAUUUUCGAUUUCAUUCUCGAUCAAGUUCGUUGGUCCGAGGCUGAUAACGUAGAUGUCAUGACUGAAAAGCUCGUGAAUCGCCGCAUGGGCUUGCUCGGUACGGCCGACGUCUCGGCGCAGCUCGUGGUGUUAGCGAACACAGCGCGUUCCGGCGCACAGCUGAUGUCUGAACUCUUGCGACAAGCAUUCAACGCCGACGAAGACACGGUGGUUUGGGAAGAUGACACCGGUUUCCACUCUGAUAUUCCUUUGUACAACAGAUUCUUGGACAUUGGAGAUUUGUGGUCAGAACGUGCGUUAGAGAUGGACUGGGUGACGCGGGACAUGAAGCCGAAGAUUUUGCAGCUCGGCGUCGACGAGGACGUCUUCAACAACUUGGUGAACCACCCGCGUACGUUCCUCGAUCAGCUUUUGUUGGGCGCGGCGAGACACGGUUAUCGGUACGUGAUGACGAGAAUUGGUUGGAACAACGCCUUGGGUGGUGCUCGAGCGACCAGACGCAUCGCACGUACGAUCUUGGAUGAAUUCCCCAAGGCGAACGUCUUCUUCCUUGAGCGCGCGAACAUUCUCGCCCAAUACGCUUCGUUGGCGGCGGCUGAGGAGACGGGUGUUUGGAUGAAGUUCUCGGAUCCGUUGAAACCGGAAUCGAAGGACGAAACCAUACCGACACAAGUUGUGUUUGACUUUGAAAAGUUCAAGCAAACUUUCCAAGAAAGACACGACUGGAUUGAGUUCUUCAUGAAUGAAAUGCGAGCGCGCAAGCGGCAAUACGUGCACUUGGUGUACGAAGAGCAUUUGGCAACCGCGGCUCGCCAAGUACAAACGUUGAAGAGAAUCAAAGAAGCAUACGGCUGGGACAUCGACGUUAACCCGACGUACUUGCGCAACUCGGUGCACUUAGUGCCCACGCAAGAGACGGAGCUGCGCCAGCGUUUCGACAACCCAGAGGCGAUUCCAGAACUGCUCACGCAAGCGUUCCCGCUCGAUGAGCUCGUAUAGGGAGUGACACGAUUGACUCCACACUAUAGAAUAACUUAACGCAUUCGAUG